AAGCACAGACUUCCUGCUUCACCCACUGGUGUCCCCCUGCUGUUCCCUCCGCCUUCCAGGAGCCAUCCCUGCCCCAGCCCCUGACCAGGGAAGGGGCAGGAGCAGGUGGCAAACCCAGCCUCCAGCCUCCAUUGUCCUUGGACGUUGUCAUUGCCUCUUACACCCAUGAGCCUUUGAGGAAGACUGCUACAGGAUGACUUUGGGACCAGGAUGGUGAUCUGAAAAUGCCCACUGAGCACAAACAGCAGCUCCCCGAGUUCCCAGAGUCUUUCCUCUCUUCUCGUGCCUCUUCCGUAGGAUGUUCACCAUGACCAGAGCCUUAGAAGAGACUCUACGCCAGCACUUCAUAUACCAGAAGCUGGAGAUUGCCUAUGCCAUACACAAGCCAUUUCCCUUCCUCGAAGGCCUCCGAGACAACUCCUUCAUCACUGAGAAGAUGUACAGGGAAUCCAUGGAAGCCUACAGAAGUCAGGUCCCUGUACCCAGACUGGUGUACAAUAUCCUCAGCCACCUGGAGAAGAUGUUCAACCUGUCAUUUCUGCAGAUGCUCUUCAGCCGAAUUAACCUGCGUGAAUACCCCCACCUGACAAGGAUCCUCAAGAGCUUCAGAAGUGUUGUCAUUUCCUACGGAGGAUGGAAUAGAGCCGGGCCUACCCUCCUUGAAGUUCCAGCCAACUCAGCUGAAGGGAGCUCCCUCCAGACCCUGCUGUGGUUGCCCCCACCCCAACACCGAUCACAGAGCCUCUUGCCCCAUGAGCCCAGUGUCAGUGAGCCCAGCGCAUCCACCCAGCACAGCACUGAGAUCCGGACUGAAUCAUCCAGCCCUCCUGGCCCUGCCGUGGCCCUCCCCAGAGCCACCCAGGAAGGAAGGAUCACUCCAGAAGACUCACAAGAGGGACCUGGCACCCCGCCUGCCUCUGUGCAAGAGAUAAGAGAUAUCUCUCCUGAACCAAAUGACCCCAAAGAGUUCCAGGGGGCAUCCAUCACACCUCCCAACAAGAAAGGCAAGAAAAGAAAAAGAAGUAUCUGGUCAACUCCAAAGAAGAGACGCCAGAAAAAAAGCCUCUCAAAAGGGAGAGCCUCACCUGAACACACAAUCCAAAAAAAGCUCCAACUGAUGGAUCAGGCAACUGAAAGGAAGGACGAUUCAACCAGCAACUCAGAGGUCAUAACAAGGGCCCAAAAGGCAAGGACUGGAUGUACACAAACCUCUGGACCACAGGAAAAGAAAAGGAACAACGAUGUCAGUUCAAGUUCAACCAGAAGGUGUCAGAAAAAUAUUCCCCCAAAGGAAAAACCCGAAGACGACCCCGUGGAUUUUCACUCUCCUAAACUUCCCGUGACCUGUGGUGAAGCUAGAGGGAUUUUAUAUAAGGAGAGACUGAAACGAGGAUCCUCAGAGAAGUGCAUUCAGAACGAGGAGGGAAUUUGGUUCACCCCGAAAGAAUUUGAAAUUGAAGGAAAACGGGCAACUUCAAGGAAAUGGAAACAGAGUGUGCAUUGCAGAGGAAAGACCUUAGAAGAGCUGCUGAAGAAAGGACUUUUGUUCUGUCCCCCAAGAAUAAAUGUCAAGAGAAAGGGGGAAACCUCCAAGGAAUGUGAGGUGUGCUGUAGAGGAGGACCAUGGCUCUGCUGUGUCCCUUGUCCAAGAGCCUUUCGUGAGGAUCACAUCCCGCCUGCAGAGGCUGAGAGGAGCCUGUGGAGUUGCACCUUCUGCAGGAUGGAGUCUUCGGGAAGGCAGCAGUGUUGCAGGAAAUCCGAGGUCCUGGAGAGGCUGAUACAGCCUGAGGAACAGUUGAAAUGUGGGUUCCUCCUCUUGAAGGCCUACUGUCACCCACAAAGCUCCUUUUUUGCAGAAACCCCACAUAAUAUAAACGAUUAUGGAGACCCCUUUAAGGAAGGCAUGUGGUUGGACCUGGUUAAGGAAAGGUUGACUGAGAAAGUGUAUAUGGUGCCGUGCUUUGUGCGGGACGUGCGCCUGAUCUUUCACAACCAUAAAAUGUUUUACAAGGCUUCUGACUUUGGUCAGAUAGGAUUGGACUUGGAGGCAGAAUUUGAAAAGGACCUCAAAGAGAUGUUUAUUUUUUGCAAAGCCAAUGAAAACAGCUUCCAGACUCUUUGACCGUGUUCUAGAAAAACUAAGGCACCCCAACUUCAGGAUCCAGAUGAUGUGACCCUGGCCGUCUUUAGACAGCCAGUGAGUCUAGAAUGUUAUUGGCUGCCCUCUUGACUCAAAGUCAGAGCCUUGUCCCAUCAUCACACCUGUCUUUUCUUUCUACGCCUAAAAGUGUGUGUGUGUGUGUGUGUGUGUGUGUGUGUGUGUGUGUGUGAAAUACACUUCUCAUCCCCAUCUAAGGCCUCUUCUUUCUCAAUAUUUACAUCUCUCUUCUCCCACAGUAUAUAUACUCAUUUGUUCAACUAAAACAAUACUACAACAAUAGCUUCAGAAUUUCUACCCUCACAUCACUAUGAAAAAGAAACUAAACUGAAUUCUAAA